CUCGGCCUCGGCCCUCCCUUCCUGCUCUCCUCCCCCAGCUCCCGGGAUAUAAACCCGGAGCGCACACCCCGCCCUGGAUCGCCGGGCUCCUGCCUGCUCGUCCGGCCCGUCCGGUCCCUCCUCCGCCCUCCGGUCCCUCCUCCAGCCCCUCUUGCAACCCUCCAGCCUCUUCUGCAACCUCCUCGCCCAUCCUGCAACCUCCUCGCCCAUCCUGCAACCUCCUCGCCCAUCUUGCAACCUUCUCGCCCGUCUUGCAACCUCCUCGCCCAUCUUGCAACCUUCUCGCCCGUCUUGCACCCCUCCUCUCCGUCCUCCCCGUCUCCUGCCUCCACCAUGUCCAUCACCGUCUCCAGGAAGACCGUGAGAAGCCCCUCGGCCGUGCCCGGGCGCUCCUUCAGCUCCCACUCCUACACCUCCGGCCCCGGCGUGAGGAUGAGCGCGGCCUCAGCCUUCGGCUCCUACGGCGGCAGCCGCUACGGAGCGGGUCUGUCCCGGGGUCCGGCCGCGGUGCCUGGCGCGGGGGGCUCCAUCACGGCCGUGAGCAUCAACCAGAGCCUGCUGACGCCCCUCAACCUGGAGAUCGACCCCAACAUCCAGCGGGUGCGGAAGGAGGAGAAGGAGCAGAUCAAGACGCUCAACAACAAGUUCGCCUCCUUCAUCGACAAGGUGCGGUUCCUGGAGCAGCAGAACAAGGUGCUGGAGACCAAGUGGGCGCUGCUGCAGCAGCAGCGGGGCGCGCGGAGCCGGGCGGGCGGCCUCUUCGAGGCGUUCGUCGGCGGCCUGCGGCGCCAGCUCGACGGCCUGGCCCAGGAGAAGCUGCGCCUCGAGGCCGAGCUGGGCAGCAUGCAGGGCUUGGUGGAGGAGUUCAAGAGCAAGUACGAGGAGGAGAUCAACCACCGCACGGAGAAGGAGAACGAGUUCGUGCUGCUCAAGAAGGACGUGGACGAAGCCUACAUGAACAAGGUGGAGCUGGAGUCCCGGCUGGAGGCUCUGACGGAUGAGAUCAACUUCCUGCGGCAGCUGCACGAGGAGGAGCUCCGCGAGCUGCAGUCGCAGAUCUCCGACACCGCCGUGGUCCUUUCCAUGGACAACAGCCGCAGCCUGGACCUGGACGGCAUCAUCGCGGCGGUGAAGGCGCAGUACGAGGAGGUCGCCAGCCGGAGCCGGGCCGAGUCCGAGAGCAUGUACCAGGGCAAGUACGAGCAGCUGAAGGUGACGGCGGGGCAGCACGGCGACGACCUGCGCAACACCCGCGCCGAGAUCAACGAGCUCAACAGGAUGAUCCAGAGGAUCCAGGCGGAGAUCGAGGCGCUGAAGAACCAGCGGGCCGGCCUGGAGGCAGCCAUCACGGAGGCGGAGGAGCGGGGCGAGCUGGCCCUCAAGGACGCCAAGGGGAAGCUGGCCGAGCUGGAGGCGGCGCUGCAGAAGGCCAAAGGCGACAUGGCCCGGCAGCUCCGCGAGUACCAGGAGCUCAUGAACGUCAAGCUGGCCCUGGACAUCGAGAUCGCGACCUACAGGAAGCUGCUGGAGGGAGAGGAGAGCAGGCUGGAGUCCGGCAUGCAGAACCUGAGCAUCCAGACCAAGAAAGCAGGCUACUCGGGCGGCUACGGCGGCGGCUACGGCGGCGGCUUCGGCGGCUCCUUCUCCAGCAGCAGCUACUCGGCACCGGCCCCGGCGCUGGAGAGCUCGGUCGUCACCAAGUCGCGAGCCAUCGUCAUCAAGAAGAUCGAGACGCGGGACGGCAAGCUGGUGUCCGAGUCCUCGGACGUGGUGCCCAACUGAGCGCCCGCCGGCGCCCCGGCCGCGGCCCCCCCCCCCUGCCCCGCGCAUCGCCCCGGCCCCCCGCCUCCGUCCCCGUCUCCGCGGUCAAUAAACCGCUCCAUCCGCCGGG